AUGGGAAAUGUAUUUGGUAAGAAAUCGUCAAAAUCUUCGAAACAACCAGCGAUUACCGAACAGGAUCGCGCAAUAUUACAAUUAAAACAACAACGUGAUCGAUUGAAUCAAAAUCGACGACGUGUUGAAAGUCAACUUGAUCGUGAACGUGAAGUUGCAAAACAAUUAUUAAAGAAUGGUCAAAAAGAUCGUGCAUUACUUUUACUUCGAAAGAAGAAAAUGCUUGAAACACAAUUAACAAAAAGUGAAAAUAUAUUGGAAAAUGUUGAACGAAUGACACAUGAUUUAGAAUUCGCUCAAGUACAAGUAGAUGUUGUUAACAGUUUAAGACAAGGAACAGAUGCAUUGAAAAAAAUGAAUGAUAUACUUAAACUUGAAGAUAUUGAACAAUUAAUGGAAGAUUCACGUGAAGCUAUUGAAUACCAAAAUGAGGUAUCAAAUCUUUUAUCUGGUGGUUUAAGUCGAGCUGAUGAACAAGAUGUUGAAGCUGAAUUAGAUGAAUUAAUUCGAGCUGAUGAAGCUAAUCAACUUGGUCAAUUACCAGAUGUACCUCAUCAUCGUCAAGGUGAACGUACUCGUGUAUCUCCAACAAAAUCCAAACAACGUGUGCUUGCUGAAGCUGAUUAA